CCGCGCUAUAAAGAGUCGGGCACUAGGGUAAGGGUUUCAACCUCUCUCUCUCUCUCUCUCUGCCCGGCGCCCAAAUCCUCUCUAGCAGCGUCAGCGGCAGCGGCAGUGACACUGCAAGCAGCACCAUGGCGGUCGGCAAGAACAAGAGGAUCUCCAAGGGGAAGAAGGGAGGAAAGAAGAAGGCUGUGGAUCCCUUCUCGAAGAAGGACUGGUACGACAUUAAGGCACCAUCAGUCUUUAACGUGAGGAACAUCGGGAAAACCCUCGUCUCAAGGACCCAGGGUACCAAGAUUGCUUCGGAGGGUCUGAAGCACAGAGUUUUUGAAGUUUCUUUAGCUGACCUUCAGAAUGAUGAAGAUCAGGCUUACAGAAAGAUCCGGCUUCGUGCAGAGGACGUUCAAGGGAAAAAUGUCCUCACAAACUUCUGGGGCAUGAAUUUUACGACUGACAAGCUUAGGUCGUUAGUGCGGAAGUGGCAGACUCUUAUUGAGGCACAUGUUGAUGUGAAGACCACUGAUAAUUACACUUUGCGGAUGUUCUGCAUUGGCUUCACCAAGAGACGUCCAAAUCAGGUCAAGCGCACUUGCUAUGCCCAAACUAGCCAGAUCCGACAGAUACGCCGCAAGAUGAGGGAGAUUAUGGUCAAUCAAGCUGCAUCCUGUGAUCUCAAGGACCUGGUACAGAAAUUUAUACCUGAGGUCAUUGGCAAGGAGAUUGAGAAAGCAACAACAAGCAUUUACCCGCUUCAGAAUGUGUUUAUCCGGAAGGUGAAGAUAUUGAAGGCCCCAAAAUUUGAUUUGGGGAAGCUCAUGGAGGUUCAUGGAGACUACAAGGAGGAUGUGGGUGUUAAGAUCGACAGGCCUGCAGAUGAUGUCCAGAUGGAAGGUGAACCAGAAGUUGUUGGUGCCUAAAAGAAUGUGGCGCCAGUGUUUUCAUUUAGUAAUGGUACUGCUAUUUAGACGAUAAAUACCAUCCAUAGGUACUGUGGGCGGUGUGGACUUGCAGCAGUUUUGAUAUUAGUUUUUGAUAGAGGUUGCUUUUUACAUAUUCUGUUGAGUUGAUUGGUGACGGCUUAUCUUAAUUUGGAGCAGUACAAUGUGAUAUGCUUAUUUAAUUCUGACUCCUGAAUUUAGAUUUUACCUGAUUUUAUGUUAUGCCAAUUUUGUAA